AUGCGGGUGGCGUUGGACACGACCAACAUCCUGGGCCGUGGCGCGGUGAAGGACACCUACAAUCUGUUGGCGGACGGGAUAGUCAAGCUGUUGCGGGCGCUGGCGGCAGUGGAGCAAGCUCCGGUCAGGGAAUGGGCCAAGGCCCGGGAAUAUGAGAGAUACCUGGCUCCA